CUCUCUCUCUCUCUCUCUCUCUGAGUCUGUUUCUCCCCUGAUCUAGACAAUGAACUAGUAUGCUUGAAUGUCCAGAGACAGGUAAAAAGUUACCCACCAAAGAAUUGAAUCAAAGAUCUCUUCCUCCUCAAAAGAAAGCAUGGAUAGAUUUGAUGAAAUAGGAAAGAAGAUCAGAAGAGAUACUGAUUUAUCUUCCCAAAUGGGAAGGAGACAUAUAUUGACUCCUGGGAUUUUAAACACUGUUACACCUUGUGCUGCUUGCAAGUUAUUGAGGAGAAGGUGUGCUGAAGAGUGUCCUUUCUCUCCAUAUUUCUCUCCUCAUGAACCCCAGAAAUUUGCAGCUGUUCACAAAGUCUUUGGCGCAAGCAAUGUCUCCAAGAUGCUAAUGGAGGUACCUGAAAGCCAAAGAGCUGAUACAGCGAACAGUCUAGUCUUUGAAGCAAAUUUGAGGCUAAGAGAUCCAGUAUAUGGCUGCAUGGGUGCAAUUUCAGUUUUACAACAACAAAUUCAAUCUUUGCAAGCAGAAAUUAAUUCAGUAAGAGCUGAGAUAAUCAAAUACAAAUAUAGAGAGGCCAAUACUAAUAUCAUUUCGUCUACUGAACAUCAUCAUCCUGCUGCUUUAGUUUCUUCCGGGGAUUUGUCUUCAAUCUCUGCACCAGCAACACAACCUCUUCCUCCACUUUCGUCUCCUCCUCCUCCUCCGCCUCCACCACCACCAACAACCGCAUCUAUUGUUGUUUCUUCAUCUUCUUCAUCUUCCAUUUCUUCCUUGUACACGCCACCCACUAGUUCUACAGGUUACAGCUCCAUUUCCAGUGUUAAUGUUCCAUACUUUGACUAAUUUAAUUAUAAGCCAUAAUUAAGUUCUUUACUUUCUA